AUGCCCGUUCCAGCUUCACAUGAAAUUCUCGACAGAGACAAACUUGAAGUCGUCAUGCUCAACGCUGAUCCUGAAGCGGCCAACGACGGAUUAUUGCAGACGCACUGGAAAUCCGCCAAACCCUUUAGCGACACAUGGACCAGACUUUUCCAUAUCAAGUCAUGGCUGUGGCCGCAGGCAAUCUAUCGCCCAAAAAUCCUGCCCAAAACCGCCUAUCUUGACGGUUUGCGAGGUUUCGCAGCUCUCCUGGUGUACUGGCACCACCACGAACUUUGGGUUCACAACACGGAUAGGUUGGCGCAAAACGCAAUUUUUGAAAACGGCUUCGGCUACGGAUCCAAGUACCAUUUCGCCGCCUUGCCGGGCGUUCGGCUAUUCUUCUCUGGCGGCCAUUUCGCAGUCUCUACUUUUUUCGUCCUAUCAGGCUAUGUCCUUUCAAUAAAGCCUCUAAGGCUAAUCGAGAGCGAUGACCUUGCCGGCUUGGUAGACCAUCUUGCGUCUGCGUUAUUCAGGCGCUGGUUGCGCUUGUUCCUCCCCGUCGCGGCGACGAUGCUCGUGUACGCAACCUCGUGGCAUCUCCUGGGCUUGUGGAUUGACGGAGCAAAACCACAAGACAGCUGGUUUAGCGAAAUGUGGUUCCUCUACUGCGAGUUUAAAAACUUUAGCUUUAUUUUUAAGGAAGGCGGCGUCCCGUGGCUCUCAUACAGCAUGCACGUCUGGUCGAUACCAAUCGAGUUCAAGGGCUCAAUGGUCGUAUUUGCCUCCCUCCUGGCCCUUUCGAGAUGCACGUUGGAGGCACGUCUCUGGUGCCAGGUCGGGCUUGUCGGUUACUUCAUGUACAUUGCCGACGGCUGGUACUGCGCAAUGUUCGUCGCGGGAAUGCUCUUGAGCCACCUGGACCUGUUGGCAGCAUUGGACAAGCUCCCGCGAUUUCUUGUGCUACUUGCGCCUUACAAGACCAUCAUCUAUUACCACCUGUUGGUAAUAAGCAUCUACCUGGGCGGCGUUCCGUGCGAAAACCGCGAAUUGGACCAACUUGCCCGGAAUCACGGUUGGUAUUUUCUCUCCUUUUUCAAGCCACAGGCCGUCUUCGACUACAAGUGGUUUUACCUAUUUUGGGCCGCGACUCUACUUGUGAGUUCGGUUUCGAAUAUUGGCUGGUUGAAGAGGUUCUUUGAGACCCGCGUCUGCCAGUAUUUAGGACGGAUAUCGUUUGCGCUAUAUCUCGUUCAUGGACCAUUAUUGUGGACAUUGGGCGACCGGCUCUAUGCAGCAGUCGGCCUCAAGGCCCAGGGUCAAAUGGAACACAUGCCGCAGUGGGUAGACAGGUUUGUUCUGCCACAAACGGGGCCUGUUGGGCUCGAGUUUGCCUUUAUCCUGCCACACAUGAUACUCUUACCCAUUACCCUCUGCGCAGCAGAUUUCGUCACAAGGGCGGUAGACAGGCCAAGCGUCCAGUUUGCUGCCUGGUUAUACAGGAAAACGCUACCUAGUGUGCCGAGAAAACACUCAAAAGCUUAG